CUAGGGGGGUGUGAGAACAUCAUCUGCACUUAAUCUAAGUGUUUUUAUAUCAAAUGCAACCGGUGAAAAGAGCGACAAGGAGCUAUCGAGGCCGGGACAGGCAGGCUCGUGGGACAUGUCUAGCCGACUCCAGGCCUGCGCUACCCGUCCUGGGGACCGUAAGCAAGACCCGGGACCAGCCCACGCCGCCCAAGUGCAAUGCCUCUCUCGCAGGCCGUGGGGCCGGGCCCGUCCCUCGCCCCAGCCCCGCGGCCGGGCCGCGCCGGUGUCCAGGCAACGGCGGCGGCGUCACUUCCUGCGGGCCGCCCCUCCCGCGCCGCGCUGGGCCGGGGGCCGCGCUCCCGCUCGGGCCGUUGCGGCGGUCGCGACACGUGGCCCCGCCGGCGGCAUGGCCGCGGCGGCCGAGGCGGCGGGCGGCGGCAGCAGCCGCCACGAGAAGAGCCUGGGGCUGCUGACCACCAAGUUCGUGUCGCUGCUGCAGGAGGCCAAGGACGGCGUGCUGGACCUCAAAGCGGCUGCUGAUACACUUGCUGUGAGGCAGAAGAGAAGGAUCUAUGAUAUCACCAACGUUCUGGAGGGGAUUGAUCUCAUUGAGAAGAAGUCAAAAAACAGCAUUCAGUGGAAAGGAGUAGGUGCUGGCUGCAAUACAAAAGAAGUCAUAGACAGGCUGAGGUAUCUGGAAGCUGAAAUUGAAGAUUUAGAACUAAAAGAAAAAGAAUUGGAUCAGCAGAAAUUGUGGCUUCAGCAAAGUAUCAAGAACGUCAUGGAUGAUUCUACAAACCACCAGUUUUCAUAUGUCACCCAUGAAGAUAUCUGCAACUGCUUCAAUGGAGAUACACUUCUAGCAAUUCAAGCACCUUGUGGUACACAAUUAGAAGUACCUAGACCUGAAAAGGGACAGAAUGGACAGAAGAAAUACCAGAUCAAUCUUAAAAGUAGUUCAGGACCUAUCCAUGUGCUGCUUAUAAACAAGGAAUCGAGCUCCUCCAAGCCCACAGUGUUUCCAGUUCCUCCACCUGAUGACCUUGCACAGCCCCCAUCUCAGCCUGCAGCUCCAGCAACUCCACUUAAACCAGCUGCAGCUCCUCCAAAUCCCCCAGAACAACGUGACCUGAAUCAAGGGCAGGAGUUACCACCAACAGCAGCUGUGGACACACCAUCAGAUGGCAGCGCCCAGCAGGACAGCACAGCCACCACAGCCCCUUACUCCAGCCUUCCAGAGCCAGAGCUCUAUCCCAGCCUGUCUGGAGACAGUGUCCAAGCCUCAGCCAGCUCCAGUGACUACCAGAGCCUGCUGCCUCUGGAUGUCAACUGCAUUCUCAAGCCAAACUCAUUUGACAUUGCAAAGAUGGAGGAGCCUGCAGGAAAUAUCAGUGGAGAUAUUAUUGAUGAACUCAUGUCUUCUGAUGUUUUUCCUCUCUUACGACUCUCUCCUACUCCCGGAGAUGACUACAACUUUAACCUGGAUGAUAAUGAAGGAGUCUGUGAUCUCUUUGAUGUGCAGAUACUAAAUUAUUAGAUAUUAUGUCAACCAGACUACUUAUCUACCUCUAACUGUAACAAUCUAGACUUCUUCAUAACCUAAGUAUUUGAAUAAUGAAUGUAUAACUUCUUAGUUCACUGACUCUGGGAGUAUAUUUCCUUUUGCUUCCUUUAACUACUUCACAAAACAAAUUCAAGAACACGAAAAAAGGGCUCUUAUCAAAAAUUCUGGCACUUUUUCACCUGAGUGUUUUUCUGUCUAAGGCAAUUGUUCGGAGCUUUCUUUAGUAAGAAAAGUGAAAAUACUUUAUAGCCUUUUGGUCAUUUUAAAAAAAAUUAUUAGUCUUCUUGCUCACAGUUAACAGCAUUUUCUUUGAAGCUUUACUGCCAAGAAGCUUUGUUUUUUAACUUUUCAAACAAUUUUGAAGCUUUCACUGCCAAGUUGAAAAAUGAAUGGUAUCAACUUGAGUUAUGCUAAACUGUUUCAGUGAACCAAUUUUGUGAAGUGCCUUCUGUUUUAGCACUUUAAGUUUCUCACACUGACUUCUGACAUUCCACUUUCCUAGAUGAUAGGAAAGGUCUGUUUGUAGUUUGUAUUGAAGUGUGCCAAUACUUGUAUAUUAACAAGAUUUUUUAAUAAAAUUGUGCAAACAAA